AUGUUUUCCAUAUUAGUUCAGAGCCUUCUCUGUUUCCAAAUAGCAGCCGAGCUGGGCUUAUGGUGAGAGGAGGCUUUGGCAGGGAGGGGAAGGGAAGGGGAGAGAGGCAGACGGCAGGCAGGCUCAUCCACCCCAAACAGUGCAACAGUAAAAGUCGAGAGUACAGAAAAGGAGAAGAGUGUAAAGAAAGGAGGAGAAAUGGGGCAGGGGCAGAAAGGUUCCUCAGACAAGAAGGAGGGCAAGAAGAAGAAGAAGAGAGAUGAAAGCCCAGCGCCAGAGGACGGCCAUAAGUGCAGAGUCUGUCGCUUCCCUCUGCUCGUCGCCCUGCUCCAGCUGCUGUUGGGGGUGGCCAUCACAGUCGUGGCCUUCCUUAUGUUGGCCAUCAGCCCCUCACUUCUGGCCAGGGAGACGCCACACUGGGCUGGAAUCAUUCUGUGUUUAGUUUCCAUCGUGGGCUUCAUCCUGUACUGCAUCACCUACCGCCGUGACGAGAGAUCGUCUUUGCAAUUCUGUGUCAAGCUCCUGUACUUCAUCCUGUGUACAAUCGGCCUGGUUAUUUCAGUGCUGGUUAUGGCGUUCGCCGGACACCACCACAGACAGGCCAAUAGCUUCAGCUGUGAGCAGAUGGGAGAGGACUGUGUGUGUACGCUGGAUGAAAACGACCCAAUAGCCCGCACCUUCAUCUACGAGGGAGUCAGCAGCUGCGAGGACAUCAACGGGACACUCUCACUCUACUUCCUGAUCCAGAUCCUGCUGAACCUGGCCCAAGCAAUAGUCUGUGCCGUCGGUGCCUUUAUCAUGUGGAAGCACCGUUAUCAGGUCUUCUUCGCCGGCCUACAGAUCGGCUCUCCCUCCUCUCAGCAGUGGCACAAGGUUUAACACCAUGAUGACAGAGUUGAUGGGAUGACUGCGAUCAGUCAGAUCAGGUUGGAGGGUAGUGCCAGCAGUGUGAUUACACUCUGUGGGAAGGAGACAUUUGCCUUUUUGGUGUGUGCCGAAGUGUGUUUUCUUUGAUAUGAGUUUAUAUUAACCUUUUGUGGUAGUUGUAUUAUUAUGGCUUUUUGCACAGAUUUUGUAUACCAUAUAAGUAACUUUAUACUUCUAGUUUCCAGUGUUAUAAAAGAUAACUUGAAUAGAUGAAAGGAGCAAAACAAGUGGUUUAUUUAUAGAUAAUUUUUCCACAUUUAUAAUUAUCUUGCUCUCGUGACGUACAUAAUAUAAUCACAAGACAAAUUAUGAGCACAACACUGAAACCAAAAUAGCUAAUUUUGUUAUGCACUUGACUCCAAAAAUACACACAAUAGCAACAUUUCCUUUGGUUUGAGUUACUGAGUUUUAAUGAUCAUGAUUAGUUCCAGUAAUGCUUUGAGUGGCAAACUGAAUCACUGUGUUGUCGGAUUAGGUUUGCAAAAUGUUAAAUAGCACUGCCUUAAGCUUUGUUUUCACUCAGAAAAAAAGUCAAAUUUUGUCUAAAUGCUGUAGCAAAUAUUAGCGACACAUCCUUUUACGUCUUAAUUCUAAAAAAAAAAUCUGUAUUAGUUUAUUGCCUUUCAGUGUUUGACACACAACAGAAGCAAACUAGGUGCAUUAACUCCAUGAAUAUCCUCUCUUUUGUCUCCUUUUCUACUAUAUAAACUGCAGCUCUGUAAAUAUCGCAUAAAAACUUGAUAUAAAACAACAGCAAAGUACUUUUAAGCUUAAAGAAGUAGCCCCUUUAAUACUCCAAACAGUCCAAAACAGAUCCUGACAGCAGUAACACAAGCUGGGCAGGGUACACUUCAUGAGACUGGAUCCAGACUGAACUGGGCUGUGGCUUGCGAAGGUGGAUGCCAGGCCAGUAGCCAGCAUGACUCAAACAGCCUGUAGGAGUCAAACUACUGCAGCCACAAAGGGAGGGGGGAAGGGGCCGGGGUGAGGAAAGGGGGGACUCAGACAGGCAGCUGGACGGAGGUCACUAAAUCAUCUCACGGUGUUUACAGCGUCUCGGGUUGUUUUCGUUCAGGCAGGACAGAGCAAAAGGGGUGAAACAACCACAGUAAUGUAGGUUUGUAUUUUUAAGAAGGCUUUGCCCUGCGCAGAGGUUCAGCUUUAUUUUAUUCUUACUCUCGUCUCAGGUGCCAACAGCAGUCGCCUACAGUCUAUACAUGCUGAGCAGGGAAUGGUAAACGUGAGGCAGUUUCCGCAGCAAAUUAGAUGAACCAUGUGCCCAGAGGGAGAGUGUAAUUAGUGUGCAAUGCAAUCUACUUUCUCAAUGCUGAAAAAAAAGGUUGAUUGACUGGAAAAGAUGUAAAAAAAAAUGCUGUUUAUUUUUCACCAAGUGUGGUGUUUGAGUGAGGGAAAAAAACCUGCCAACAAGUGCAUUUCCUCUUUCGAGACUAUCAUGCUGUUUGUGGUUACAAAUACAAAUUUUUGUUUCAGUUA